GUGAAUGUUCCGGGUCACAAACUGGACGGGAGAGGAAAUUAACUCCGGGACGAGACGGAAAAAAACGCGAACGCCGCCCGCCUCCGACACGGAGAUGUAGCCCGUGUUUCCCCUGCCGCUGACAGAGCACCGCGAGACGGAGAGGUGGAGGACGAGCAACAAACAGGUGUCCGAAAAGUGAAGUAAAGUGAGGGCACGACGGAGCGAGAGACGUCCCCAUGUUGGCUUCGAGCUGACGAGCGUUAGCAAGUGUUAUUUACAGCCGGAGUUUCGGUGUUUACUCGCGGGUGAGUAUCGCUCCGCUCGGGCUUGUCGCUCAAUCUAGUCCCGGUCGGUCUGAGGCAAUCUGUUGCAUCCUCCUCGUCCUCGCUGUUUGGUCCGAGGCUUGAUUCCCAGCUCCCUUCGUCAUGUUCAACUGUAUCCCCCUGUGGCGGUGCAACCGUCAUGUGGAGGUGAUCGAUAAACGCCACUGCUCCCUGCUGUUUGUGCCCGAUGAGAUUUAUCGCUACGGACGGAGUUUGGAGGAGCUGCUGCUGGAUGCCAACCAGCUCCGGGACUUGCCCAAGCCAUUUUUCCAGCUGGUGAAACUAAGAAAACUCGGCCUGAGUGACAACGAGAUCCAGAGACUCCCACCAGAAAUAGCAAACUUCAUGCAGCUGGUAGAACUGGAUGUCUCUCGAAAUGAUAUUAUGGAUAUUCCAGAGAGCAUUUCAUACUGCAAAGCCCUCCAAGUGGCAGAUUUCAGUGGAAAUCCAUUAACAAGGUUACCUGAAAGCUUUCCAGAGCUGCGGAAUCUAACAUGCCUUUCCAUCAACGAUAUUUCAUUGCAAGUUCUUCCAGAUAACAUUGGAAACCUUUCCAAUUUGGUAUCACUAGAACUCAGAGAAAAUCUGCUCACAUUCCUACCAGAGUCACUAUCGCUGCUCCAUAGACUUGAAGAACUCGACCUAGGAAAUAAUGAACUGUACAAUCUGCCCGAGUCGAUAGGCUGUCUCGUCAGUUUAAAGGACUUAUGGCUGGAUGGAAACCAGUUGGUCGAAAUACCUGCAGAGAUGGGCAGUAUGAAGAGCCUGCUGUGUCUAGAUGUGUCAGAAAACAAACUGGUGCACCUCCCUGAGGAGCUGGGGGGUCUGCUGUCACUGACUGACCUGUUGGUUUCUCAGAACGUCAUUGAUGCUCUACCUGACAGCAUUGGAAAACUACGGAAACUUUCGAUCCUGAAGGCGGACCAGAACAAACUAACUUAUCUUCCAGAGACCAUUGGCAACUGUGAAAGUCUCACUGAACUUGUGCUCACAGAGAACCAUCUACAGAGUUUGCCAAGGAGUGUCGGGAAACUAAAACUACUUUCCAACUUCAACUGUGACAGAAACCAGCUACUGUCGUUACCCAAGGAGAUUGGUGGCUGCAGUGGUCUGAAUGUCUUCUGCGUACGAGAGAACAGACUGACAAGGAUACCGUCAGAGCUGUCACAGGCCACAGAACUGCACGUGCUCGACGUCUCUGGAAAUAGGCUCAACCACUUACCCCUGUCGCUGACCACAUUACGGCUGAAGGCCUUGUGGUUGUCAGAGAACCAGUCGCAGCCUCUCCUCACCUUCCAGACUGACCAGGACCCAGACACAGGCGAGAAGGUGCUCACCUGCGUGCUGCUUCCUCAGCAGCCGUGUGAGUUAGACCUUAAAGGCUCUGACAAUCUUGCCCGCUUCGGAGCCGUGGAAAGCCUGGUGAAUGACAUGGCAGACGACACGUGGGACAACAAAGCCGUGAACAGGACCAGUGCCAUUCACUUCCUGGAUGAUGAUGAUGACGAGGAGGAUGACGACAAGGGAACUCUCCUGCGGCGAGCCACGCCUCACCCCGGCGAGCUGAAGACGAUGAAGAAAGCGGCCGAGAACCUCCGCAACGACCUGAACGCUGCCAAAGCCCUCGACUCCAACAAAAACGAGGUCAAUAACGCUGCAGACCGAGUGACCACGUCUGUGUGAUGUUUUUUUUUUUACCUCAAAUGUUUUUUACCUCCUGUGUGUCACCGUGUCGUCCUGCACAGCCCCCCCCCCCCCCCCCCCUCUCCUCUUUUAUUAUUUUACCUACAACCCCCCGGUGUGGCCUCCCUCUCCUCUGAUAAAAUCCCGGGACGCCUGUAACCGUACUCCAUCUCGAGUCCUGUGUAAAGCGUCUUCGACUGUAGUCGACCAGGGCUGCUGUGCCUUCCUCUUUUUAAUGAACGUCCACAGCAAUAAUUUGCACAGAGAUGCUCCUUUUAAAAGAUAUAUUAAUGAUUUAAUAUUUUUAAAUGCCUCCUUUUAAAAAAUAUACAUUAGGUAGUUGCACUAUUAUAAGUCUUUAUAAUAUGGUCAAACCUUCUUAAAUGUAUUAUAUAUUUGUUCUAUAUCUAUUUUCAAAACACUGGGUAAAUACUUCUUUUUACAUUUUGAGCAAACGCGCAGGGUUUUUUGGACCUACUGAUUAAGGAUUAUUGUAUAGUCUUUUGUGAAUAUUAAUACUUUUAUACUUUUCGGCAGCUCGGAUGUAAAUAAAAUGUAUAGUAAUUUUCUUAAUCAGUUUCAGAUUUUCAAACGUUUUCUUCUCUCUUUCAAACUUGGUACUUUUUUCUUUUCUAUUUCUUUUAAAAUCAAAGCAAUGAACAAACACAGUCACCAAUGUCUUAUUCAAGCCGUCAUCGCGCGAGUGAAUGGCCUUGAAUCCUCUUUGUUUAUGUAAUAUAUCUAGACUUUUAUUUUUGGAUAUUGAAUAUUUGAUUGAAUUAAUUAGGUUUGGAUUUAAGUGCUGCGCAUCAGCUUAAAACUCACCUGCAAUGCAAUUAAGCAGAAAUAACAAAUGCUAUAUUAUUUAUAUGUGCUGUGCUUCACUGCUUUGCCAUGUUUUCUCAAAUAGAUGCCAAAACCAGCUGUAUUUUAUUUUGAAAAGGAUUUCCUUUUUCUGACAUUUGGUGAAAGUGAGGUUUGUACCACAAGGAUUACAUCCUCUGGAAAAAAAAGCAGUUUUUAGAGGUUUCACUUUAAUGCACUUCUCAGUGUUUUUCAGAUCUUAUUCUUAUUUUAUAUGGUACAUGAUAAGUUGUUUUAUUUUUGUUUUAAACUGAUUGCAAAGAAGUGAACCGGAGAAAUGGUUCAUGUGUUGGUUUUUAUUGUUUUAAUUAUUUUCUGAUCAAACUGCACAAGACGGAUCUCAACACUGGCGCUGGGCCCUGAGAUCUGGAUGAGUUUUUAACCACUGAUCAAUAAAAAGAGUGCAACACCAAA